CUCUCAAGCAGGGGGCUAGUUUUUCACCUGUAAAAAGGUCCUGAGAGUACUUGAGUUUUCCAUUAACGACGAUCCCAGUUCAUCUGCAAAAUGGCUAACUAUCUCGCCUCUAUCUUCGGUACCGAGCAAGAUAAGGUCAACUGCUCAUUCUAUUAUAAAAUUGGCGCUUGCCGCCAUGGCGAUCGCUGCUCGCGGAAGCAUGUGAAGCCAUCCUAUUCUCAAACAAUUCUCCUGCCGAACAUGUACCAGAACCCAGCGUUCGAUCCCAAGAACAAAAUGAACCCUAGCCAGCUACAGAAUCACUUUGACGCAUUCUACGAGGACUUUUGGUGCGAAAUGUGCAAAUAUGGCGAGCUAGAGGAGGUGGUUGUCUGUGAUAAUAACAAUGACCACCUGAUCGGCAAUGUCUACGCUCGGUUCAAAUAUGAAGAUUCUGCACAAAAAGCAUGCGAUGCAUUAAACUCCCGCUGGUACGCAGCACGGCCCAUAUACUGCGAAUUAUCACCUGUGACGGAUUUCAGGGAAGCCUGCUGUCGAUUAAACAGCGGCGAGGGAUGUGUUCGUGGAGGCUUUUGUAAUUUUAUACAUCGUAAAGAACCGAGUGCGGAGUUGGAAAGAGACCUGGAGCUAUCGACCAAGAAAUGGCUGAAAUUGAGAGGCAGAGAUGAGCGGAGUGUGAGCCGCAGCCCCAGUCCGGAACCGAGUAAGAGGAGACAUUAAAAUUAUAUCCACGCUGGAUUCUGGUGAUGUCGUCGUAUGACGGAAGUCCGGGCCGUUUUGUGUGAUGACAAUGUUGAUAGGGCGGUAUGGAACUUGGGCAAGGCGUUCAGGCGACGGAAUUGCACGCCUUUCGGCUUUCGGUUCAGGGGCAAUUUAAUUCAGAGCGCCGACUAUUGUUUUAUGCAGCGAAUGGUACUGAGUGCUUCACAAUAAUGUAUGUAGCUUUCGACAUCUUCCCAGGAGACCAGCAAUGUGCCUUGGUACCUGACGGUUCAGGGAGUUUCGUUAUUUACAAGGGGGAUGGAUGGCUUGAUUUUUGGUGCCAUUUUCCUUCGCCAUCAUUUGGCGGCUCAGUCGACUAUCAGUCUGUGCACCUUGUCGCUGGUGAUGGAACUCAUUUCCGAGGGAGCGGUUUGAUGCACUUCUAUUGGAGGUCACCAUCCCUUGGCUUUUAGGCAGCAUGGCGGGACUUUAGCCCAGCCGAAUCAACAUCCCUGCCCUGUUUGACGUCGAAUCACUUUUGCGCCCUCACAGCGCCAAUGCCGACGGAGUGGUGGAGGGGUCAACAUCAAAACAGUCCACGUCCCGGGCAUGGAUUGCAGACAGAUAUACUUAUUAUAUUCGGAUGCAACCGCAUUCCAGUGGCUCUCGUUGAAUAUCCGCCUUUCUCGCGUGAGUGCUUGAUCGAUUUCGCUUCUAAAAUAGAAAGGCUCGUCGCGCGGCACAGAAACCCAGACCGCCGCAUUUAUCGUCGGACCGGCUGAAUCGUACGGCUGACAUUGCAGAAUUGGGUGUCGGGCAUUUUCUUCUGUCACUCUAAAUCCUUGGACUCGAGGAGUCCAUUAAGUGGAGGAUCCCCAGGCUUCAGGUACAUUGGCGCUGCAACAAACCACCACCUUGGUGCUUUUGUCUUCACGGUUGUCCGGGCAAGACUCGCUUUCGAGCCAUAUAAAUAAGAUACGGAAGGUCCUAUAGUAGAUCUCUGUACGG